GAUCAUCUGGCAUCGUUUUAAUUAUGAACAUAUUGUCUUUUUAUCUCUAUGGGCGUAUCGUUAUUAAAUUCCUUUGACAUUAUUAAAUCAGUAAUCGUUUAUACAACAAUCAUGUUAGUAGCAACAAUUCUACUAACAUUUUUGGCAAAAUAUGUGAGCUUAGAAUGUGUUAUCAACAACAGAUCUCCAAGUACACAUUGGGAGGAGAAACUUUCGAAUCAUUUCAAAUGCAAUUCUAAGGAAAACGUACCACCCAACGAAAAUUCGACUACUGUAGCGAUUAAAUUCAACUUAAAAAAUUUCUACUUUGACGGCGAUGAAGUGCUAUUUACUAUACAUACUUUGAUUUUUUUCUCUUGGGACGAUCCGAGACUAAAGUGGAAUCCAGAUGAUUACGGUGGCGUGGUCGACAUGAUAACUCAUUCUGUAUUUGUAUGGACACCUUUCACAUACAUACAUCAAACAAAGGAUGUAGACAAAUGGAGUAACUUCAAAUACUAUACUUCAAACUGUCAGGUCAGGUAUACCGGUCGAGUUGUCUGCAUACCGCGCGUCACCCACACAACUACGUGCAGUUCCGAUUUACGCAACUGGCCGUAUGAUACCCAAAAAUGUCCAUUUAAUUUCUAUGUCAAAAAUGAAAAUGAAGGCAAAGUUGUAUUCACUUUUAACGCAAGUCGUGGUUUAUCAGCAUUUGGAGCGGAAUACGGAUCGGGCUGGGACAUUAUUGAUUAUGAAACUGGUGAAAAUGCUACAGGAGAAACGAAAUUAUAUUUGAAUUUCGUCGUCGAAAGGCAAGCGCUCGGUUGUGCUGCAAUGGUCGUCGUUCCAACAAUAACGAUUGCUGUUUUGUCUAUGGCGUCAAUGUUUUUAGAGUUCAAUAACAAUAUUCGUUUUGGUCUAUCUAUUUUUAACUUGUUUUGUAAUUUUUGUUUAUUGAAAAAUAUCAGCGAAAUUAUUCCUCAUCGUGGCUUUGAUACUCCAUCAAUAUUAUAUUUCAUUAAUUUCUCAAUAUACAUUACAGCGUGCGAUAUUGGUAUAAUGUUAAUAUUAAGCUCGUUGACACGCAAAGGGGAUCCCCCUCACCCGUGGAUUAUUCACUUUAAUGAUUGUGUGUUAAAUAAUCGUAUCAUUAAAUAUUUCGUUGCAAAAUGGAUGGAACCGUCGCGUUCAUCUUCAGAUGAAGCAGAUUACAUCAACAAAUGGACGGACUUUACUUUUAUUAUAAAUAGUUUAUUGUUCUUUGUUAAUUUUAUAAUAUAUUUAAUAUUAUUUCUAUUGUAUAUACCUCAACCAAUAAUAACAUAUUGAAAUAUAGAUUAAAAAUUACAAAAUAUUAUA